AUGGAGGAGAAUGUUAGCAGCAGGCAUGAAGUGCUAUCAUACAAGAGAAAAGACAAGUCUAUAUGUUCCUUCUCGGUGGAGGUGACCAACAUAGAACCAAACUGGGCUGACCCAAACACGUACCAGGUAGUGGGGCAGGGAAAGCCAAUGAAGGAGAAUGAGGCAUUUCUCCCCAUUUUGGUCAAUGCUAACUUUUCAACCAUGCAGGCAUCACAGGAUUUGGCGAUGCCAGUGCAGAACAAUGACACACUCCAGCUAUUGCACCAGGGAAAGGACAACCAGCAAUGUGGGACAAACGAGAGGAUGCCCCAGUACGAUGUCACACUGAUGGAAGAAAAGCUUCAACCAAUAGAACAACAGCUUCAAUAUCUGCUGAAGAAGGCAGAGGAAUUCCAGACACACCUGGUCUACAGUAGAGACCGAAUCCACAAUGAGGAGUUUGCAAGGGCCGUGCCCGUCUUUGUGAAAACCUGCCAGCCCUACUUUGCCUACCUAGAGUCCACAGCGAGGAGCAUCCAUUCCGACAGGAAACCUCUUCCCGAGUAUAUUCAGAAGCGGCUUUUGCAGUUCUCUCAGCAGCUGGCCUCCAGUCUAGAGCAGCUAGUGCUAAUGUAUGCAUCCUUUGGGUUCAUCUCGCUGGAGGAGACUGACCCCUGCAGCAUCUCCUACUUCUACAGAGGGGAGUUUCAUCUCGGGCUGUGCUUUCGGAUCUCUAUCUACCGCUACUGCAUGCCGGUCCCAUAUACCGUAACAAAGGAGCCAAGCCAGCUAUUCAAGAAAAUCCGCUGGAACGUGGACAUCAAUGGAGGGACAGCCUUUGGUGAUACAACAGAACCAGGCACCGAGUAUUAUUUCCUGUGCUACAAGGAGACAAGUCAAGUGAUGGACAACCACCAAGGCUCCAAAGGUGCAACUACCGGAAAAAGCAGGAGACUGUGGUCCAUAGGUCGUUGGGUUCAGGUGGAACCACCCCCUGGAGAACAAGACCUCCUUCGCUGGUUUCUGUACAAACAACCACGCGGUGAUUACGAACUCCUGGUUACCAUUGGUUUUGAGGAACCAACCCAGAUUGCUGCAACAGACCUCCUCGUGGACAUUCUGAUGAGCCAAAAGGCUCCUACUCUCUUUGGGAACUGCCUACCAGAUGCCAAACCAAUCCCUUACCUGCAGGUCCAGAGUCACCAGGAAUCCUCCACACCUUGCCAGGUGGUUUCAAGUGGGCUCAACGCAGAGGGCUUUCCAAGCUGAUUUAG